AGGCAGACAAAGGGUGGGGGAAAAAUUAAACCUAUUUGUAACCAUGCACAGCGGAGACAUAAUCUAUGGAUAUGGGAGAAGGCUAAAGUUUCAUGUAAUGAUCUAACCAAUCUGACCAUCCAGAGAGUAGGGAGGGCAGAGGAGGAGGAAUUUUUGCAAUACCAAAUGAAGCAACCACCGCUUUUUCAUUUGACGGUCAGUACCAUAAGGAGGUAGAAAAGCAAAGGAGAAAAGAAGAAUGUCUCUGAGAACAAGCCAGUCCUCAGUUGCAAUUCUAAACCACAAAAACGUUACUCUGGUUAAUUUUUGUAAAAGGCAGUCUUCUAAAAACAUGCAUAUGUUGCAAGAUAAUGAAUGUUGUAGGCAAGGAGCUCUUGUGAAAACUAAUGAUGUAUUUCCAAAAGAGAAAGACAUUUUCUCCAGGGACUUGCCAGGAACACUGGACAGCAGUGACAGACAGGCUGUGCCUCAUCACUUUUCUCCUAGCCACAUAUCAGCCUUGGCAAUGAAGCAGAAGCUGGCUUUUACCAACCUUAGCUUUGAGGACGAUUCGGAUUAUUCACCUUCUCUUCCUUCUCAAAUAAACACAACUACCAUUGAUCUUUCGGGUAUCACUUGCCAAGAAUGCAUCCAAUCCAUAGAGGACAAAAUUUCCAAGCUACCAGGAAUUGUGACUGUCAAGGGAUGUUUUGAGCAAAGCCAAGUAACAGUAAAAUAUUUGGAACUGGAAAUAGGCUAUCAGCAAAUCUGCCAGGAAAUUAAAAAACUGGGAUUUGAUGCCAAUGUUGCAGAGGCAGCCCAAUCUUCAGGCCAAUGGUCCAGUGAAGCUGUUAUUAAGGUGAAAAUAGAAGGCAUGACCUGUCAGUCUUGUGUCCAUGCUAUUGAAGAAAAUAUUGGGAAAUUACAUGGAGUGAAGAAAAUCAAAGUGACCCUCAACAACCAAGAAGCUAUCAUUGUUUACCAUCCCCUUAUUAUUAAACCUGAAGAACUAAAGAAUAGCAUAGACAGCCUGGGGUAUGAAUCCACCAUAAAGCAUAAGCAAGCCUCUUUGGAACUAGGUUUCAUUAAUGUUGAACGCUUACAGCAGAUGAAAAUGUCCAGUGAACAUAAUGGUGACAGAAAUACUGGGGACAACAUGGGAUCCAGUACAUGUGUUGCAGUAGUAGAAAUUGAAGGAAUGCAUGACAAAUCUUGUGUAAACGAUAUGGAAGGUUUGAUUUCAGAGAUGAUUGGAGUACAGGGUACCAGGGUAUCUCCGGAAGAAAAAAAGAUUACUGUGUGGUUCAACCAAAAACUCAUCACUCCAUCUUCAUUGCAGCAAUCCAUCCAAGCCAUUACCCCUGGUAACUUUAACCUAGUUUUUUCUUGUGGAAUGGAAGGCCAAAAUGGAUUAAUUAUCUCAAAUGCUGCCUCUUCUAUAUCUUCUUUCAGUCACCUUUCCCAAGAACAGGAGGCAAAUGGAUGUAGUACAGCUCUCCUUAGAAUUGAUGGAAUGACCUGCAAUUCUUGUGUAAACUCUAUUAAAGGCUCCCUAUCCCAAAAAAAAGGGGUGACGGACAUCUCUGUAUCUUUAAUUGAAGGUACUGCAGUUGUAUCUUACAAUUCCGUUAUGACUAACUCUGAAGAGAUACGAGCUGCUGUAGAAGACAUGGGAUUUGAUGCUUUUGUCCUAACAGAUGCAGUAAUUGGAAAACCUACUAAUGGAAGUAUAGAGCUGAGUGAGAUAACCUCUAUUUCCUGGAAAAACGAAGUCCCAGAACAGUCAUCUGAAGAUGUAUUUUUGCCAAAAAAGAAGUUGUGCACUAACUUUCCAGAAUUUUCCAGUAAAAGAGACACUGAAAAAUGUUUCCUGCUUGUAACAGGCAUGACUUGUACAUCAUGUGUUUCAAGUAUUGAGAAGAAUUUACAAAAAGAAGAUGGAAUAGUCUCUGUGCUUGUUGCCUUGAUGGCAGGGAAAGUGGAGGUAAUAUAUAAGCCAGAUAAAAUUCAGCCUCUUGAAAUAAUCCAGUUGAUUGAGAAAUUGGGUUUUAAAGCUUCAGUUUUACAAGAUUAUGCUGGGACAGACGGCAACAUAGAUCUUAAGAUUCUAGGGAUGACUUGUAGUUCAUGUGUUCAUAGCAUUGAAUCCAAGCUUACUGAAACACCUGGCAUUCUCUAUGCCUCUGUAGUCCUAGCCACUUCAAAAGCCCGUGUUCGUUAUGAUCCUGACGUGAUUGGUCCUCGAGACAUUAUAAAAAUUGUUCAGGAAAUUGGUUUUCAAGCAUCUUUGGCUAAAAGAGAUCCAAAAGAUCAUAACUUGGAUCACAAACAGGAGAUCCAACAAUGGAAGAAAUCAUUUUUAUGCAGCCUGGUGUUUGGUAUUCCAGUUUUGGGCUUAAUGGUUUAUAUGUUAUUACCCAUGGAUGACCAUCAUGGAUCAAUGGUGCUGGAGCAAAACUUGAUUCCUGGACUGUCUAUUCUUAACCUUCUCUUCUUUGUACUUUGCACUUUGGUUCAGUUCCUGGGUGGAUGGUACUUCUAUAUCCAAGCCUACAAGUCAUUAAAGCAUAAAAUGGCCAAUAUGGAUGUCCUGAUAGUAAUGGCCACAUCAACUGCUUACAUCUAUUCAUGUACCAUUUUGAUAGUUGCAGUUAUUGAAAAGGCUGAACAGAGUCCUGUCACAUUUUUUGACACCCCACCAAUGCUAUUUGUAUUCAUAGCUCUUGGGAGAUGGCUAGAACACAUAGCAAAGAGUAAAACAUCAGAAGCGCUUGCUAAAUUAAUUUCUCUUCAAGCUACAGAAGCUGUUAUAGUGACACUUGGACCUGACAAUUGCAUAAUCAGAGAAGAGCAAAUUUCUGUAGAACUAGUUCAGCGAGGAGAUAUUGUAAAGGUAGUCCCUGGUGGAAAAUUUCCAGUUGAUGGAAAAGUGAUUGAAGGCAAUUCUAUGGCCGAUGAAUCUCUUAUAACAGGAGAAGCCAUGCCAGUUACUAAAAAACCCGGCAGCACGGUUAUUGCGGGUUCUCUCAAUGCACACGGCUCUGUGCUUGUAAAUGCAACUCAUGUUGGCUCUGAUACCACCCUGGCACAAAUUGUGAAACUAGUUGAGGAAGCUCAGAUGUCAAAGGCACCCAUCCAGCAGCUAGCUGACAGAUUUAGUGGUUAUUUUGUUCCAUUUAUCAUAAUAAUUUCAACAGCAACCCUGAUAACAUGGAUUGUAAUUGGAUUUAUACAGUUUGAUGUUGUACUGAAAUAUUUUCCUAAUCACAGCAAACACAACUCAAAAGCCGAAAUUAUCAUACGGUUUGCUUUCCAGACCUCCAUCACAGUGCUGUGCAUUGCAUGUCCUUGUUCUUUGGGCCUGGCUACUCCAACUGCUGUGAUGGUGGGCACUGGAGUUGCUGCUCAGAAUGGUAUUCUAAUCAAAGGUGGGAAACCCCUGGAAAUGGCACACAAGGUGAAGACAGUGAUGUUUGAUAAAACUGGGACUCUGACUUAUGGUGUUCCCAGAGUCGUGCGUGUUCUCUUGCUAGGAGACACAGAAGCUACCCUGUCUCUGAAGAAAUUCCUUGUUCUCGUUGGUACUGCCGAAGCCAGCAGUGAGCAUCCUUUAGGAAUGGCUGUUACUCAGUAUUGCAAAGAGGAACUUGGCACAGAGAUCCUUGGAUGCUGUAAAAAUUUUCAGACAGUUCCUGGAUGUGGAAUAAGCUGUAAUGUUAGCAGCACUGAAAUCAUAUUGGGUGAUGAGCAGGAUGUGAUCAGUCUCCGCCCUCAUAUUUAUGGCUUUGAUAAAGGUGUUAAAGAUCAGACUCCACUUCCCAAAGUAAGGGAUACUGCAGUGUCUCAAACUUACUCCGUGUUGAUUGGGAAUCGGGAGUGGAUGAGACGGAAUGGCCUGCAUAUCUCCAGUGAUGUUCAUGAGGCCAUGAGAGAUCAUGAAAUGAAAGGACAGACAGCAAUUCUGAUGGCUAUAAAUGGUGCGCUUUGUGGCAUGAUGGCAAUAGCAGACACAGUCAAGCCAGAGGCAGCCUUAGCAAUGCACAUAUUGCAGAAUAUGGGCGUGGAUGUGGUGCUUAUUACAGGAGACAAUAGGAAAACAGCCAAAGCAAUUGCAACUCAGGUUGGGAUCAGAAAAGUAUUUGCUGAGGUUCUCCCUUCUCACAAAGUAGCCAAAGUUCAGGAGCUCCAAACUUCUGGAAGAAAAGUUGCCAUGGUUGGAGAUGGGGUCAAUGACUCACCAGCGCUGGCCCAGGCUGAUGUUGGCAUUGCUAUCGGAACAGGCACAGAUGUCGCCAUUGAAGCAGCAGAUGUUGUGCUGAUUCAUAAUAAUUUGCUUGAUGUGGUUGCAAGUAUCCAUCUAUCCAGGAAGACAAUGAAGAGAAUCCGAAUAAACCUAAUCCUGGCCUUAAUAUACAACCUCAUUGGCAUACCCAUAGCAGCAGGAGUAUUUAUGCCUUUAGGACUUGUGCUACAGCCAUGGAUGGGGUCAGCUGCAAUGGCUGCAUCUUCAGUAUCCGUAUUACUCUCUUCCCUGCAGCUAAAAUGUUACAAGAAAACUGUCCUGGAAAAAUAUGAAGCUGAGGCUCAAGGCUGCAUGAAGCCACUGACUCCUUCCCAAAUUAGUGUCCAUAUUGGGAUGGAUGACCGGAGACAAAAACCUCCCAAAUUAGCCACCUGGGACAAUAUCAGUCAAGUGUCUCUCUGUUCCCUGACUUCAGACAUGGCAUCAGUUGACUUGGAGGCUGAAGCAGACAAAUGGUCAUUGCUCACCAACAAUCAGGAUGAAGACCAAUAUAUUUAAAGGCUAUAAUCUGAUACUGAGCAGCAGGUUUCAAGGAUGGGACUAAGAGCAGCUUAAGAUUCUGUUUCUGGAGCAUCUACAGAGAAGUGCGUUUGGUGUGCACUGGCUGCCUGUUCUCAUUUGAAUGGAGGAGUGUACUUUCAACUGAUCCUGGUGGCUCCUGGAUUAGGUUAGGGGCUAAUUAUAAUGUGUGAUUCAAACUAUAGAGCAGUGCUUGCAUUUCAGUACCAAAUACUGAAUACCACAUGUUUAGAUCAAUAUCAGAAAAGCCAUAUACUCAUAAAGGUCAGAAUAAGAUUGUUGAAAUGAAUGAUCAGGCUGGUUAUACUUGAGGGAGGGACAUGGAGGAGAAGUAAUCAUACUCUUUAGGACAGAGGUCCCUAACCCCUGGUCCGUGGACCAACACUGGGCCGCAGCAUACCGCGCAAAGAAGUGAAGCCCCAUCUGCUGAAUGCAGGCAGCACACGAAACCACACCCCCUCUGGUCUGUGGAAAAAUCUUUCUCCACAGAACCGGUCCCUGGUGCCCAAAACGUUGGGGGCCUCUGCUUUAGGAUAUGCAGUAUAUUCAUAUUUGCAGUCUGUUUUUACUGCUUUCUCUUAAAGAAGACAAAAUAAAAGAGAAGCACAAAACCUUCAGGCUUAUUCAUAUCAUGUGCAUUUUAUAAUAGUGGAUCAAGCAACGUAUGGAAAGUUGUUCCAUAUAUUUUGUUUCCUCUUAAUGAUGCUGAAUCCCAUGUUCUGUAUCUCCCUCAAGUUCCAUAAAAAGGCAAAUGUUUCAUGUUUCAGAAGGCAACAAAAGUAGAGUAUUGUUAGGUGUGGCAGUUCCCUAAACAUUCUAAUAAGAAUUUAUAUUUAUCUUUUUUUAAUAUUGGAAUUAGAGCAGUGCUCCAAAUAUUGGAAAAUAGGCAUGGAAGUUUUUUUUUAAAAAAAUUAUAAUUAAACAAAUUCUAGUAAAUAAAUCCAUUCUUUUUCCUAAGUGAAAUAAAUAAACCCAUCUUUAUA